ACGUGACGAAGAAGAGCGACGCGGAAGUGAGCCGGGCAGUGCUGAAAACACGCGUGUCGUGGAGUUUCUUCGUCGAUCCUCAGAGAAGAUCGGCUCAGGUCUGCGACCAUGGAGGAAGGUCUGGUUCGAGCCCCUAUUCCUCGUGAGCUGGUGGACGUUCUUGGUGUUGAGCCUCAGAGCAGCUUCAAAGCGAAGGCCUUCACCGAGGCGUUCCUGAAGAACAGCAUUCAGCAGCCCAGACGCCACGACCUGCAGAACAUGCUGAGGCAUAAAGCCGUGAUCCUCGGCUACCGCCGGCCCAAGAAGGAGCGGAGGAAGAGCGCCAAGGCCCGAGGGCUGAACGCACGGCAGAAGAGGGAGCUGAAGGUCUUCCAGAUCAAGCCUGAACACCAGAGAUACGAGCUUUUCCUUCCUCUGCAUGAACUCUGGAGACGGUACAUCAUCGACCUGUGCGGGGGAUUGAAGCCAACGAGCAAUCCACAGGUCGUGCAGCAGAAGCUCCUGAAGGCGGAUUUCCACGGAGCCAUCCUCACAGUGGUGCGGUCCAAGUGUCCGUCUUAUGUGGGGACGUCUGGGAUUCUGCUGCAAGAGUUCAAACACGUCUUCAAGAUCAUCACCAGAGACGACAAACUGAAAGUGAUCCCAAAGAGGAACAGCGUGUUUGCAGUGGAGAUCAACGGCUUCGUCUCGCACAUCUACGGCAGCAAGUUUGAGUAUCGAGCCGGCGAACGCGCCGCCAAGAAGUUCAAAGUGAAAGGAACCAUCGACCUGUGAGAGCUUACAGCUGCCGCUCCCACAGGCCGUCGCAGGAGCUGCAGCCAGCGACGGCCAGAGUAAAUGCGCACACCUCGGCUCCGCUCCAGCUUCACAAAGCUCGAGGAAAAACUGAGGUUUGGACUGAGGUGUCUCACACAAAGCUGCAGGUGUGCAGUCAGAGAGACGCCGCCUCCCCCAUCUGCUGUUAUAGGAACUGUUAUGUAAACCCUGCAGCUGAUUUGGCGUCACCAUACCUGUGAGAAGCUGAGUGCAGACGCUCGCCGCCUGUGCAGAGCGCCGGGAUUAAAGAAAUGGAACGCUUCCUGUAAACUGAUCCCGGCGUUCCUGCUGCGAGCCGAUCUGAGUUUUAUCUGACGUUGACACAAAGUUUUCUUUGUUUCAUUUAAACAGAAUAAAAUCAUUGGCCUGUUA